AUGGUAAACAACACAGUUGUGACAGAAUUCAUCCUUCAAGGAUUCUCUGAUAUGCGAGAGCUACAGAUUUUACAUUUUAUGGUGUUCCUUUCCCUCUACUUAGCAACCCUGAUGGGAAAUUUUCUCAUCAUUACCUCUGUGGCAAUGAUUCCUCACCUUCACACCCCCAUGUACUUUUUCCUGGCUGUCUUGUCAUCGGUAGACAUCUGCUUCAUUUCUUCCACUGUUCCUACAUCCAUGGUCAACUCCUUGAGAAAUGACAACAGGAUUUCUUUUGAAGGAUGUGUCGUCCAAGUUUUCUGUGUUAUUGCAUGUGCCACGGCAGAACUUUCCCUGCUUGCUGUCAUGGCUUAUGACCGCUUUGUGGCAAUCUGCCAUCCCCUACGGUACAUGCUGAUCAUGAACUGGAAUGCCUGCUUCCAAAUGACAGCCGCUGCAUUGGUCUUCAGUCUCAUUAAUGGAAUAACACAAACAGCAAACACAUUUAGGCUACAGUUCUGCUGGCAAGUUGUUGAACAAUAUUUCUGUGACAUCCCCCAGUUAUUAAGGCUCUCUUGCACAGAUACCCAGUUUAACGAGAUCUUCAAUUUCGCCUGUGUUCUCACUAUGGGGGCGGUUGGCUCUGUGUUCCUAUUGGUUUCCUAUAGUUGCAUCUUCUCUACUGUGUUCAAGAUUCAGUCGGGCCAAGGGAAGUAUAAAGCUUUCUCCACCUGCAUCCCUCAUUUGACAAUGUUUUCUCUGUUUGCUUUUACUGUCAUGUUUUCUUACAUGAGACCAAAAGAGAUGUCAUCUCUAUCUGUGGACUUGUUUGCUGCUAUUCUGUAUGCCAUUUUGCCACCACUCAUGAAUCCUAUCAUUUAUACCCUGAGAAACAAAGACAUCCAAGCAGCUCUGAGGAAGAGAACAGGUGUGAAAGCAACAUGGUGGACUCAAAGAGCUUCCCCCAGGAGAUGA